AUGAUACAUCAUGCAGUUUUGAAUGUUGAGCAUGAAUAUACCGUUGAUUUUGCUAGUGUAAAAGGAGGAUUAGCACCUGUUGAUCCCAGUUCCAUUGAUUUAAAGGAUGCGGUGAACAAGCAGUUUUGGGAAGGCGAAGGAAAAUCACUAACCGAGAAUACAAAGAAGGCGUCGAAAAUUUAUCCAAACGAUUAUGAUGCUGUCUUUUACGCUGGUGGUCAUGGAGUUAUGUGGGAUUUCCCUACGAAUCCAGACUUAUGGAAUAUAUCUGAAACUAUAUGGAAUAAUGGCGGUGUUGUAGCUGCAGUUUGUCAUGGACCUGCCGGACUUGUGAACCUUAAAGAUAAGAAUGGUGAAUACAUUAUUCAAGGUCGUCAGGUUGCUGGAUUCACAAACGAGGAAGAAGAAGCGGUGGGUAUGACGAAAGUGGUGCCAUUUUUGCUGGAGGAUGCACUCAAGAAGCAAGGCGGAGUGUAUUCGAAAGCAGCCAAUUGGGAAUCCUAUGUAAAAGUCGAUGGCAAACUCAUCACUGGACAGAAUCCGGCUAGCGCCGCUGCAGUCGGAGAAGAAAUUGCAAAGUUACUUCGCUAA